GCGGCCGCCCUCGCCCCUCGCCAGUCCGCUGCAAGCCGUCGCACAGUCGACGUCGUUUUCUGCUCGAGUUCCCGCCCGAUACUUCGUCAACGCUGUAUGCAGAAAGAAAGAUUCGUUUGGAACAGAUUCCACAGCAGCUAAAUCAAGUUUGGCGCAGAUUGGACAGCGUAUUUGUUGUGAACGUGAACCGGAAACAUUGUGGUAGUGAAUGCGUGGGAGGAGGGAUGCUGGGGGGAUGAAAUGCCUGUGGACAAGGGCCCGCCCCUUCAUUUCAACAACAACACCCAGCGAUCUCUUUACGACAAAUCUGUGCACAACUUGCAUCAUGACCAGAAGUGGCAACAAGAGACGACCCUCGGGAAGCGUGUCGCGCUGUACAAGCUUCAGGGGGAACUCGGCAGGGGUAACUUCUCCAUCGUUAAGCUCGGCGUUCACGAACUUACCAAAGAACGGGUCGCUGUCAAAAUUAUGGACAAGUCCAAGCUGACACCAAAGGCGAGAAAAAUGCUCGUCCGGGAGAUAGCAAGUAUGGAGGCGGUCCACCACAAAAACAUCAUCAGGCUGUUUGAAGUUGUGGAGACAUUCUCUAAACUGCAUUUAGUCAUGGAGUUUGUCAAUGGUGGUGAACUUUACCAAAAACUUUUAACAGAGGGAAAAAUGAAAGAGACCGAUGCCAAGCAGACAUUUGCCCAAAUCUUAUCAGCAGUUAAACACUUACACGAACGGAAUAUUAUUCACAGAGACAUUAAGGCUGAGAAUGUUUUUUGUGGCCCAAGGGGGAUAGUUAAGCUUGGUGACUUUGGAUUUAGCACAAGAGCUUCAGGGAGUGAGGAAUUGAAAACAUUUUGUGGUUCACCACCAUAUGCUGCUCCGGAGCUUUUCCGGGAUGAGAGCUACAGUGGGCGUCCUGUAGAUAUUUGGGCUCUGGGUGUACUCCUCUUUUUCAUGACAACUGGACAUAUGCCCUUCCCGGCAGACUCUAUUGCUGGGCUGAAAAGGAGCAUCCUCCUCGGAGUGAUAACUGCUCCUGCUCAUCUCAGUCUACCCUGCCGAACUCUCAUAAGAGGGAUUUUGAGGCAGACGCCAAAGGACAGAUUCUCACUGGAUCAAAUAGCCGAGUCUGAAUGGAUGAAUGGGCACUCAAUAAAUGGAGGGACAUGUGAGAAGUACAUACUGUCACCAACCCUAGGGGUGCCAAUGGAGAAACUCUCACAAGAGGAAAAGACUGCAAGGGAGAAACUGGAAGCGCUUGGCAUCACCCAGAGCAUGCUUGAGCACGAGAUGAUCCAGGGGGCUCGAAGCACAGUCAUAGCUUCUUACAGGAUCGUCAUUCAUAGGUUGCAAUGCAUAGCCCAACUGCCUCCGAUUCAGCCCGUGAAACCCCAAAAAUCUCGAGCUUGCUCUAUAUUGUAAUGAUAACCGAUUUAGAAUAGCUCCUUUGUGAGAGAAACAUUGACCUGCACUAUGAGGCUGAAUUUAAAAACAAAAUCUUUCCACCUAGUUAAGCCCAAUUAAUAUUCCAAAAUCCUAUUUACUAUAUAAUUUCUAUUGAUUUUAUUCCCUGUCAACCACACUCCUCGCCGAGCUCAAAAUCCAUUGAGGGCAAUCGUCUCGAAUAUGAGUUAUAUUGUCAUAUUUUGAAACAAAAAUAAAUAAACAAUUCACAGUUACAUGUGUUUUUUAAAUAUUGUGGUUAUAAAAAUAAUGUGCCAAAACUUCAAUUCGAUAUUUGUUAGUAAAAAGAAACCAACUUUUUUAUAUACUGGUUUGAUUGCAGUAAAUUUCUGGAACAACACAAUUCUGCAACAUUUUUGCCGCUAAUAUUUUACUAAAUUCAAUUCUGAAUUUUGGAAGGUUAACAAGUAUGAAAUACUUUUCUAUUAAAACAAACAUAAAGUUUGUCUUCAACUUAAUGUAUUAUAUUUUAUUGCAUUUUAUUUAUACCUAAUGUUUUAUUAUGAAAACACUGUUAAUUGGGUCUGCAUGAAUUUUUAAAAGAUGUUUUAUAUUUUGUAGUAAGUACCAAGCAAUAAAAAUUGUUGAAGAACCACAAUGUUAAAUGGCAGGUCUUAACAAUUUAUUUCAUAAUUACAAAUGAAAUCUUUUUAAAGAAUGUACAGCAUUGGUUUAGUCUGAAUUGCAAUCAAGUACAGGUCAAUGAAUAACGUACUCUUGUCAUGAAUGUAUUCCUAAUGUUUAAAAUAUUUAUAUAGAUAAAUCCCUCUGGAACAAGGGAAGGCAGUAUUGUAGAUUGUAUUUUUUUAAUGUUACAUUUUGCUCAUCUGAAUGUUCCACUCUAUCAAACUAUUUUACUAUUGUUUUGUACAUAGAUAUACAAACAAUGUAAUCUAUAAGUGUUUUAAAUAAGUAACCGCCUAGAGUAGCUCUGAUACUUUGUAAUUUAUAUACAUUUCUACAAAUUAGAGGACUGUUAGUAACUAUUGACCAAUUAAAUUUUUUUAUCGAUGUUUAUAAUUAUAGUUUAUACAUGUUAGUAUAUGUUAUCAAUAUAAACUGUCAUCACAAACAUUCUCCUGUAUGUACAUAUAAUAGUAUUGUGUUAGUGUAAAGUUGUUUAGAUCUUAAUGAAUGACAUUGCCAUUUGUACAAUGUUGACAAUAAAAACUAAUUUGAA